AUGAGCAGUGCACGCGCCACACGCGUGCCGCUAUCACGCCGCGCCGCCGCCCUACGCCGUGUUCACGCUCAAGGUACGUGUGCAGUGCACGCGCCACGCGCGUGCCGCUACCACGCCGCGCCGCCGCCUUACGCCGUGUUCACGCUCAUGGUACGUGAGCAGUGCACGCGCCACACGCGUGCCGAUAUCACGCCGCGCCGCCGCCCUACGCCGUGUUCACGCUCAAGGUACGUGUGCAGUGCACGCGCCACACGCGUGCCGCUAUCACGCCGCGCCGCCGCCUUACGCCGUGUUCACGCUCAAGGUACGUGUGCAGUGCACGCGCCACACGCGUGCCGCUAUCACUCCGCGCCGCCGCCCCACGCCGUGUUCACGCUCAAGGUACGUGCGCAGUGUACGCGCCACGCACGUGCCGCUACCACGCCGCGCCGCCGCCCUACGCCGUGUUCACGCUCAUGGUACGUGAGCAGUGCACGCGCCACACGCGUGCUGAUAUCACGGCGCGCCGCCGCCCUCCGCCGUGUUGCCGCUCACGGUACGUGA